UCAAUCUCCGCUCGGACUGUUGGACAGAAGAGGCGUCUCACCCACUGCUGUCCUGACCGCGGAGGGGGCGGGCGGAAGAUGGUUGACUUUUUAACCGGGCACGCCGAACCCUCGGCGGCGUGGCCAGCGUCCAUAGGGCCGCUGAGAAUCGACCAAACACCCGCCGUCUGGCGCCUGUGAAGAGCUUCUUCCCACCUCACUGCAAAUAUUGACAGAAGUAUCAGCGAGAAAACAUGGCAGAAACGGAGAAAGAAGGAAGACCCCCGGAACAUAAAAGAAGCCGUAAACCAGCACACCCGGUGAAGAGGGAGAUAAACGAGGAAAUGAAGAGUUUUGCAGAGAACACCAUGAAUGAGCUACUAGGUUGGUAUGGCUAUGACAAAGUGGAGCUGAGAGAUUCCGACAACCUGGAGUUAGGCGAGACGCGGCAGCGCAUCUCUGUCCUUACAGAAAACUUGUUGCCAAAAAUUGCAGCUUCAAAAGAAAGCAGUGAAGCCUCUCCGGAUCGAGCCAACAGCUCCCACUUCUUACCAAACUCCAGGAAUGGAGUCACCGAGCAUUCCAGCCUGCCAUUCACCUCCACGACCAGCACCAAGGAACAUGGCAACCAGUUCAUCACUGUCCCUCCGCCACUGAUCAAGCCCCCUGCAGACGAAGAUGCAAACAAUGUUCAGAUCCUAUGCGCCUGGUGCCAGAAGGUUGGUGUCAAACGCUAUUCUCUGAGCAUGGGCAGUGAGAUGAAGAGUUUCUGCAGCGAGAAGUGCUUUGCUGCCUGCCGCAGAGCUUAUUUCAAGAGGAACAAGGCGAGAGACGACGAUGGCCUCGGUGGGAAAUUACUCCAGCACAGCUUUACUCAGGACACGCCCAGGCUUGUCUUCAAGACAAACAGCGAUGUGCUUGUGUGUGACUGGUGCAAGCAUAUCCGCCACACAAAGGAAUACCUGGACUUUGGGGCAGGUGAACGACGGCUGCAGUUCUGCAGUGCCAAAUGCUUGAACCAAUAUAAGAUGGACAUAUUUUAUAAGGAGACACAAGCAGCACUGCCAGUAUCUCUCUGUAACCCAGGACAUGGAACUGAAUUAGAGAGUAAGGCAGAGUGCAGUGGAGGUAUACAGCUGCUUACUCCUGAAUCCUGGGGAACGCCUUUUAACGACCUUCGGCGGACAGCUCCAUCACCGGGAGGACCCAUAAACUCUUCAGUUCCCUGCACUUCGUCUAAUAUGUCCUCAGAUGUCGCUUGCUCACCGUCCUCCUCCUCCUCAGCCAAGAUCUCCACACCGCGACCCCAUGAGAGCCCAACGCUUCCCCAGCCGCCCAUACCUACUUUGCAUCCAGCUGUUGGGGUCCCCUCUGGAAGCCCCCCGAUGGUGAUGACCCCUCGGGGGCCAAUGCCUUUGCCUCUGUUUAUGGAACAUCAGAUGAUGCAGCAGAUCCGACCACCAUAUCUACGUCCAUCGGUCCACCCAGGCGGACCCAACAGUCCCUUGUCAAACCCCAUGAUCCCUGGUAUAGGUCCCCCACCUCCACCACGGACUUUUGGGGCUGCAUCUAGCUCCAUGCAUAGACCCAUUAUGUCCCCGCAUUUGUACCCCUCAGCCAAUCCUAAUCCUGGCAUGAUCCCGCCCCAUCCUGGUUUUCAAAUGCCAGGGCUUCCCCCUUUUCCACCUAUCAAUAUGAUGCCCAAUGGAGCCAUCCCCCUGCCACCGAUGAUGAAUUAUGGCCUUCCAUCCCUCGCCCCAUUAGUACCGCCACCAACCCUAUUAGUCCCUUACCCUGUCAUUGUACCCCUUCCAGUCCCAGUUCCCAUUCCAAUUCCCAUCCCCUUCAAUCCCAAAUCAUCCCAGGACCAGCCAGACAAUAGCGCUCCUGUCUUUUCAGAUGUUUCAGCAUCUAGGUCUCAAAAUCCCCCUGUAGGAGAGAGAGACACACAGAGGCAAGAUGCUAGUGAUGGAGAAUGCCUUUCUCCUGAAGGCUCGGAGAGAAACAGAUUACCGGUGAUGAACAUGACUAUGAAGGUGGAGGACAAUAUGAGGAACGUGAGUCCUACCAAUGACAUUAAACUACUGGAAGGGGUUAUUGAUUUAACUGUGAGCCAGAAAUCAUGCCAACAGCACGUCUUUCAGCGAAUGGCGCCGAAGGCUCAGAGCAAAAUAGAAGCAGAGGUUGAGCCAAGACCUUCACCACCUGUUGGGCUGGAAAAGGAAGUUAACGGCUGUCACAAUCUAUGGGAAGGGCAGGCAUUACAGAGACCCCUCGGUAAUACUGAGAUGUUUGGGACCACUCGCUCAGACACUCUGGAAAAAUCUCAUUCAAUAUCAAGCUACAAAAGCUUUUCUUUGGAUGUGAAUGGUCUUCAAAAUGACAUUACUACACAACUUGCUCCCAGCACACCAAGGAUUCAACUACAAACAAGCCCUGCAUCCCCAUGUAAUGUUAUUGUCAAUGGCACAGAUUGGCAUUCACUUCAUACUUUUCACUCUGAGAGAACACGAGAUGGGGUUGCAGCGGAAGAAAAGGCAGUGGAGCACCCAGCCAAUAGUGAUCUGGAGCGAGAAGCCCUUAAAGAGAACAACUGUUGUGUGGGAGAAUGGGAAUCUGUGAAGCGGUGCUCAACGCAUGGCCAGAUGUUUGAGGCAGAGAGUAAAUCAGACCUUGACUCCAAUGUGGAGGAUGGCGAACAUGCCUACACCGUGCCUCUACUUUCUACAGGGGGUUGCGUGGUUAUCCAGCCUGUGCCAAAGCCCGGCACUGAGAAAACAGCCAUUCUGUCUUGUUCCAUUAGUACACCAUUAUCAGCAACCGGCAGCUCAGAGCUGGGGCCUUCACCGAAGAGGCGAUGUCUGCGAAUCCGCAAUCAAAACAAAUGAGAUGGAUGCUCCAAGGACUGCUGUGCCAUCCACACCACAACCCACACUGGGUACACGCACACAUCCUCUCAUCCAGUCUACCAGCAUCACAAAUCGCCUUUAACUUAUACAACAGCCCUCUUGGAUGGAAGGACUCAAUACAGUGAUCACUGCUCGCUGGCCCCAUGUACAGUAACGUAUCCCAUCUGAAGCAGAUGCUCUCUCCAUUGUCUCUUAUAUUGAAUGCACUAUAGUACAAUGUUUGGAGGUUUGUUCAAGGAUGAUUGGUAUAUAUUCCAAAACACUGCUUUGUGGUCCAACACUUCUGUGCAGCAGUGACAAAAAUAUAAAAUAUUGCCCUCGCUUUUAGGUCCUUCUAAAAAAAAGUGCACUUGGAAACCUUAUAUGCAGUUUCAAUUCUGAUGUGUGGUAACCGCAAACAUGAAAAAACAAGCCUUCUAAAUAUUUGUAAUAUUUCCUAUUAAUGCAGCCAAUCAUACACUGUGGAAUGGUGCAACCUUGGUCAGUGUAUGUUUCAGUCAUUGAAUUUUCAUUUCGAGAAUGGGAAUUGGAAACCAAAAACAAUUUGUUUAUCUGAAUUUCAUUUUGAAAUACAAAAAAUAAAAGUGGAAAAAUAAACUAUUUUGUGUCGAAAUGCAAUAACUAAUUAUAAAAGAAAACUGUUUGAUUUUUUUUUUUUAUACAGUGGUACCUAAAUUGAUCAAUCAAUCAAUUAUUAUUUAUAUAGCCCUAAAUCACUAGUGUCUCAAAGGGCUGCACAAACCACAACACAGACUACAAUGACAUCCUCGGUAGAGCCCAUAUAAGGUCAAGGAAAACUCACACACGUGUAACGUCGGUGACAAUGAUGACUAUGAGAAACCUUGGAGAGGACCACAUAUGUGGGCAACCCCCCCGCCCCCCACCCCCUUUAGGGGACCCGAAAGCAAUGGAUGUCGAGCGGGUCUAACAUGAUACUGUGAAAGUUCAAUCCAAAUUUACGAGCUCAACUUGUUCUGUGACGGAGCUCUUAACACAAAACACGUGUAUCUCAAAUCAAUGUCUCCCAUUGAAAGGAAUUAAAAUCACUUAAAAAAAAAACAUCCAUCCAUUUUUUACCGCUUGUCCCGUUCGAGAUAGCUGCGUACGGGCGGAAGGCGGGGUACACCCUGGACAAGUCGCUACCUCAUCACAGUGCCAACACAGAUAGACAGACAACAUUCACACUCACAUUCACACAAUAGGGCCAAUUUGGUGUUGCCAAUCAACCUAUCCCCGGGUGCAUGUCUUUGGAAAAACCCAUCACGAUUCCAAAAUGUAGCAUGGAUUUUAAAAAGAAAAAGUAAUUUUUUGAUUGGAUGUAUUUAUAAAAAUAAUACAAUUGAAUGUGCUACAAACAACUAUGGUAGUUUUAUGAAAUAAUGUAAUAAUUAUAACGGACCCCUACAGUAUCUCCUACCAGCUGCUUUGUUGUUAAACCCACCAUCAGCAGGUUUUCUAUAUUUUUAUGGAUACAUUAUUGCUGUUUAGAUAUUAUUUUAAUGUUCUUGUUAAGCGUUAGAUUCAUUCCUAUUUUAACUUAUUCAUGUUUUUGAUGAUUUCUUUAUUAAUGAAAUAAAAAGCUACAUGCAAAUGCUAGCGAGUAAGAUUAGAUGUUUUGGAUGGAUCUUACAAGGCUCACUGUGACAUUUGCUACGCUAACUAAUUGUUGGGAUGCUUGGAACUCAAAUUUUCACUUUCAUCUCAUCAUCAUCGACGAUCACUCGAAGCGAGUAUGAUAAUCCUCCUGUUGGUGGGUCUGGUCAUCUGUGGGUCCUCAGGUGGCUGUAGAGGCCGAUCCGUGAUCCAUAGACUCUAUUGCAGUGGGGGCAUGUGUGGGUGAUUGUCGUGGUGGUGGUGGUUGUGGUCUGAGGAGCUUUUUUGGUAGUGGAUCUCUCCUUUCUUUGUUGCCUCUUGGUUUCCGCGGCACGGUGGAGGUCCUUUUCUAAUUGUGCAGUGCCUUCAUGAACCAUCCUUGUCCACAGAACCGUCCGGUGGGCAGCCUCCUCCCAGGUGUUGAGGUUGAAGCAGCAUUUUCUCUGGUGGAUUUUGAGGUUAUCUUUAUACCGCUUCUUCUGCCCUCCUUGGGUGUGUCGUCCUUCCACCAGUUGUCCGUACAACAUUUGUUUUGGAAGGCGAUUGUCUGGCAUGCAUAUUACAUGGCCUGUCCAUCGCAGCUGGUGCCGAAUGACGGUUGUGGUGAUGCUGGGCAUGUUAGCUUCCUUCAGAACACUAAUGUUGGUGUUCCUAUCUUCCCAGCUGAUCCUGAGGAUCUAGCGCAGACAUCGCUGAUGGUACUGCUCCAGAGCCUUCAGGUGUCUGCUGUAGGUGGUCCAGCUAUCAGCCCCGUAGAGCAGAGUGGACAGAACUACAGCUUGAUAAACAGUAAGCUUGACGUUGGUCUGGAUGACCCGGUUCUCAAAAACUCUUUUCCUGAGCUUAGCAAAAGCUGCGCUGGCACAACCUAUGCGGUGGUGGAUCUCUGCUUCGAUGACAGCUCUUGUUGAAAGAAUACUGCCAAGAUAAGCGAAAUGCUCCAAGUUUUCCAAGAUGUUGUUGUUCACAUAAAUUGUGGGGGGUCAGGAGGGUGUGUCUGGGGCUGGUUGGUACAGGAUCUGAGUCUUCUUUAUGUUAAUGUCAAGUCCCAGGAGUCGGUAGAAUCUGGCAAAAGCAUCCAUGAUGUUCUGGAGGUCCAACUCAGAAUGAGCAAGUAGAGCAUUGUCAUUUGCGUACUGAAGCUCUGUAAUGGAGGAUGUAAGCACCUUGCUUUUUGCCUUGAAAUGGCAAAAAGUUAAGUCUCAAAUUUUAACUUUCAUCUCAUACUCUUAUACUCACAAGAAUUAUCCGAGAGACUCUUAUCUCUUAUCAUAAAACACUCUUUAAGUUGAGGUACCACGGUAAUUUAUACAAUAAAACAAACCCACCAGUCAGCCGAAACAAAAGAAACCCGACCAAAAACAGAUGUUUUCUAUAUUCUGAUACCAGAACCGGAAAUUGCUAUUCAAAGACAAGACUGCAGACUGGCCUGUCUGAAAAAGAGGGUGGUGUUGUAAUACUUUAUAUAAAAAUAGUGCCGUCAAGGGAUCUUUUUUUUUUUUUAGCAGAAUAAUCACACUUUUGAAUUUGGAUUAAUAAUGAUUACGGUAAUCACAGGUUAGUACUUGCUUGCAUAUUUCAAAUGAACUUGAAAAAAUUAACUGAGUAUUUUCACACAAAAUGUCAUACAGGAACAUUUUUUUGUAAUGUUGUACUUGAAUGUUCAUCGUUGUUUUGCUCAAACAUUGCUAAAAAUGUUAUGUUAAGUCCAGUCAGGGUUUAUUUUGAAGUGAAAUUUACAACCGAGCACACCUGUUGGAGUCCCCUCACUCAUCUUUGCACUGACAUAUGCGUUGACCUGAUCAAUAAAAUACGUUUGUGCCUUUCAAGUAACCAUCCACGGUUAUAUGAAGCCAAAACACUGCCAGUAAAAUUUGGUAACAAAAAAAAAUGACAUCGUAGAAAAAGUUGUAUUGAUACCAAAACAAGUCUCGGCAACAAAUAUAUACAAACAUUAAAAAAGACAUUAUCAUGGUGGGUAUUUUUUUUGUUUCAUGACAUGUUUUCAUUGCCAAUAUUCAUAUAUUUGUGCACUUUUACGUUUUCAAAUUAAUGGCAGUGGUAUGAUGUUGGGCGGCAGGUGCCUGUGGGCGAGGCUUACAACCCGUAAGCAGUUUUACUAGAUUUGGGCAUGCAGGUAAAAAACUGUAAAGGAAGACGGGUGGACUCAGUGAAUCAAAUUAUACUUUUUUAAAAGCUUCAUAAUAUGAAAAUAUGAGGCACAUUUAUUUUUUUUACUUUUUUUAGGAGGCUUAUGUGUGUUGCUGUCAUCAGAUUUAUAAACAUUUUAUCAACAAAAAAUAUAGUGAACUACUUUUCUGUUAUUACUUAUAUAUGUUAUUACAUAUAUAUAUAUAUAUAUAUAUGUGUGUAUAUAUAUAUAUACAUACAUACAUACAUACAUACAUAUAUAUAUAUAUAUAUAUAUAUAUAUAUACAUACAUACAUAUAUAUUUAGUUGCUUUACAUGCAUCAAUGUGAAAAAAGUUCAAAAUAAAAACCUAUAAAACACACAAAACAAUAAGAGUCUACAAAUAUAUAAAUAUUGGCAUCAGAAACAUUUCAUAAUACAAAAAAUAGCUACCUAAAAUAUUUGUUUUUUUUCAAUGUUUUUAUUUAUUUGUUGUCAGAGCAUUUUUUGGUGCUAUUAAAACAUCCAUCCAUCCAUCCAUAUCUACCGCUUAUUCCCUUUUGGGGUUGCGGGGGGCGCUGGCGCGCAUAUUUCAGUUACAAUUGGGCGGAAGGCGGUGUACACCCUGGACAAGUUGCCACCUCAUCGUAGCCUAUUAAAACAUUUUUUUUUAGCAAAUCUUACUGGCAGUGUUUUGGCUCCAUACAGUUAAGGUAAGGGAGCAUGUACACUCAAAAUAAAUUGCGUUAUCAAUCUGCGUAUAUACAUAAUUAAUAAUAUUUUGUGAUUAAUCACGAGUUUACUCUGUAUUUUUGACAGCUCUGUAUUUUUGAUGAUCUGUCUUUCUGACGCAGACGUCAUGAUCUCACAUGACAUUUAUCAUUAGAGCCCUAUAUUUUUAUUAUUUCUUCUCCACUGCUCUUAUUUUUCACUCUACUUCCUAUUUACCUACAUUACCACCACUCCUUUGGUCUGGUCUUCACGUCUUUGUUUGUUUUCAGUUACUUGUGUCUUUUCCAAUAAAAAGGGGUUAUUUCAUGUCCUUGCCUGCCGUCUCUCCAUCCCGGGGUCCAGACAUGCACCAGAACAUUACAGCAGGGUCCUGCAGGCCAGUUUGCAGUCUCAACUUUAAGUAGCAACUUUCGGUUCCGGUUCAAAACAUGUUUUUGGUCAAUUUUAUCAUUUUUGCUGACUGGAGAUUUUCAUUUUUCUUCCAUAAGAUAUGAAACAAAAUGUAUUUUUUAGAUCAACGAAAUGCUUUUCUACACCAAGAAAAAAAAGAAUGUUUCCUUUUUCAAUUGCCAUUCCUGAAAAGAAAAAAUGGCCAGCGAUACUGACCAACCUCCCGGUGACUCUCAUGUGUUUUGUCUUGAAUUUGACUGGAUUGGAAUUGGAAUGAACCCCCAACGCCCCCUGCUGUUUGACAACUGUGAAGGCAUGUUCUAAUGGCGAUAUUCCACUGCAGAUUGCUCCUCAGUCUCUUCUAUAAUACAUGAGCUGUGAUGUACCUGUCACAGGGCACUUUGAGCCAGAAAAAAAAAAUCCCUAGGGGGCCUUCAAGAACAAUUGGUAAAACAACACACAUACACCAAAAAUAAACACACACUGAUGUUACCCAAGUCCUUAUUUGCCAGUAAUGAAAAUAACCAGUUGAUUCCUUUUUGACAUGUUUUUCGACUGUGACAUAAAUCCCUUUUCUGUUGCAAAAGGCCGACUGAAACCCACUACUACCGACCACGCAGUCUGAUAGUUUAUAUAUCAAUGAUGAAAUAUUAACAUUGCAACACAUGCCAAUACGGCCUUUUUAGUUCACUAAAUUGCAAUUUUAAAUUUCUCGCAAAAUGUCGUGUUGAAAACGUCGCGGAAUGAUGACGUGUAUGAUGAUGCGUGCGUUUGACGUCACCGGUUGUAGCGCACAUUAUUUUCCAGCCCAAUCAAAGCUAUAAGUAGUCUGCUUUGAUUGCAUAAUUACACAGUAUUCUGGACAUCUGUGUUGCUGAAUCUUUUGCAAUUUGUUCAAUUGGCAGAGGGGUUAGUGCGUCUGCCUCACAUUACGAAGUUCCUGCAGUCCUGGGUUCAAAUCCAGGCUCGGGAUCUUUCUGUGUGGAGUUUGCAUGUUCUCCCCGUGAAUGCGUGGGUUCCCUCCGGGUACUCCGGCUUCCUCCCACUUCCAAAGACAUGCACCUGGGGAUAGGUUGAUUGGCAACACUAAAUGGGCCCUAGUGUGUGAAUGUGAGUGUGAAUGUUGUCUGUCUAUCUGUGUUGGCCCUGCGAUGAGGUGGCGACUCGUCCAGGGUGUACCCUGCCUUCCGCCCGAAUGUAGCUGAGAUAGGCGCCAGCGCCCCCCGCGACCCCGAAAGGGAAUAAGCGGUAGAAAAUGGAUGGAUGGAUGAAUAAUGGAAAAGUCAAAGAAGAAAGAUGGUGUAUUGCAGCUGCCUUUAGCAACACAAACACACAGUGUUUCCUUGUUUAAAAUUCCCGAAGGUGAAGCUUAACUAUGGAACAGAGCGGUCAAUCGAACAUGGAUCCCGACCACAUGUCAACCGGCAGGUUUCGGUGAGAAAACUGUGGUAAUAAGUCGGCCCUUUCCGUAGACAUGAGCGGAGCUUGCGUCCUCCUGCAGCUGCGUGGCUUCCCUCAGAGACACUGGCGGUCACCACACCCGUGGCCACACCCCUCCGACUUUCAGGUACCAUAUAAUCUCACUAAAACACUAGUAACACAAUAAGCAGAUAAGGAAUUUUCCAGAAUUAUCCUAGUAAAUGUGUCUAAUAACAUCUGAAUUGCUCCCACUGCCCUCACCUUUUUUUGUUUCUUUUUUUUUUUACUUUAUUUUUUUUUCCUAGUCCUUCACUCUCACUAUCCUCAUCCACAAAUCGUUCAUCCUCGCUCAAAUUAAUGGGGAAAUUGUCGCUUUCUUGGUCCGAAUCACUUUAGCUGCUGGUGGCUGUGAUUGUAAACAAUGUGAAGAUGUGAGGAGCCCUACAACCAGUGACGUCACGCGCACAUCGUCUGCUACUUCCGGUACAGGCAAGGCCUUUUUAUUAGCGACCAAAAGUUGCGAACUUUAUCGUCGAUGUUCUCUACUAAAUCCUUUCAGCAAAAAUAUGGCAAUAUCACGAAAUGAUUAAGUAUGACACAUAGAAUUGACCUGCUAUCCCCGUUUAAAUAAGAAAAUCUAAUUUCAGAAGGCUUUUAAAAACAGUCACCUCGGCAGUAUUUUGUUUACACUUUAGAGCACAUUGUGCUUAUAUGUUGACGUGUAUGGUGUGUGGGAAAUUUAGAAUUAUGUUGCCAAAAGAAAAAGCACUUAUUUGUGUGACAUAUUGCUUUAUGACACUUUUUGUUCCCGUUGCAGCUGUCAUGGGUGAGCCUUGUUCACCUCCAUGUUUGCCAUUGACCAUUUAGUCGCACAUCAGUUGAGUGCGUCCUCAUGUGGUAAAUGCACUAAACUUCUUGUUUGUGUGUGGGAUGUGUGAGGGAGGCACAAUACAAUACAGUACAGUACGGUGCAGUAGAGUACGUGCAAGCACGAUUGUAAGAUUGCAGAGUACAACUACAUCUGUUGCCUGUUUGUCAAGCAUUAAGCUUUGUUUUGCUUUCACUUAGCAGUAUGUUCUUGCCUUGUUUCACUCCCCUCCAGUCAAAGCCAAUACCAGGAAAAACACCCUUACUGUAUUUUCAAGCGCUUACACAAAUGGUCAUGUUGCAAACAUUCAAACAUAUUUGUCUACUGCUGGUUUAUUAAAAAGUUCCAUGGUUUGACGAGAAGACAUGGGACCUGAUUUACUAAGAUCCAGAUACCACACGCAAAGCGUGUGCAAUCUACAAACCCCAUUUCCAUAUGAGUUGGGAAGUUGUGUUAGAUGUAAAUAUAAACGGAAUACAAUGAUUUGCAAAUCAUUUUCAACCCAUAUUCAGUUGAAUGUGCUACAAAAACAACAUAUUUGAUGUUCAGACUUAUAUCCAUCCAUCCAUUUUCUACCGCUUAUUCCCUUUUGGGGUCGCGGGGGGCGCUGGCACCUAUCUCAGCUACAAUCGGGCGGAAGGCGGGGUACACCCUGGACAAGUCGCCACCUCAUCGCACGGCCAGUGUUCAAACUUAUAAACAUUUUUUUUUUGCAAAUAAUCAUUAACUUCAGAAUUUGAUGCCACCAACAUGUGACACAUAAUUUGGGAAAGGUGGCAAUAAAUACUGAUAAAGUUGAGGAAUGCUCAUCAAACACUUAUAUGGAACAUCCCACAGGUUUGCAGGCUAAUUGGGAACAGUUGGGUGCCAUGAUGGGUUAAUAAAGCAGCUUCCAUGAAAUGCUAAGUAAUUCACAAACAAGGAUGGAGCGAGGGUCACCAAUUUGUAAGCAAAUUGGCGAACAGUUUUAGAACAACAUUUCUCAACGAGCUGUUGCAAGGAAUUUAGGUAUUUUACCAUCUACGGUCCGUAAAAUCACCAAAAAGUUCAGAGAAUCUGGAGAAAUCACUACACGUAAGCGAUGAUAUUAGGGACUUUUGAUCCCACAGGCAGUACUAGAUCAAAAACCAACAUCAGUAUAUAAAGGAUAUCACCACAUGGACUCAGGAACACUUCAUAAAACCACUGUUAGUAACUACAGUUGGACGCUACAUCUGUAAGUGCAAGUUAAAACUGUACUUUGCAAAGCCAAACCCAUUUAUCAACAAAAUCCUGAAACGGCGCUGGCUUCGCUGGGCCCGAGCUCACCUAAGAUGGACUGAUGCAAAGUGGAAAGGUGUUCUGUGGUCUGACGAGUCCACAUUUCGAAUUAUAUUUGGAAACAGAGGAUGUGGUGUCCUCCAGAACAAAAAGGAAAAUAACCAUUCGGAUUGUUAUAGGCACAAAGUUCAGAAGCCAGCAUCUGUGAUGGUAUGGGGUUGCAUUAGUGCCCAAGGCAUGGGUAACUUACACAUCUCUGAAGGCACUAUUAAUGCUGAAAGGUCCAUACAGGUUUUGGAGCAAGAUAUGUUGUCACCCAAGAAACGUUACCAUGGACGCCCCUGCUUAUUUCAACAAGACAAGUGUUACAACAGCGUGGCUUCGUAAAAGAAGAGGCGGGUACUUUCAUGGCCCGCCUGCAGUCCAGACCUGUCUCCCAUUGAAAAUGUGUGGCGCAUUAUGAAGCGUAAAAUACGACAGCAGGGAGCCUGCACUGUUGAACGACUGAAGCUCUACAUAAAACAAGAAUGGGAAAGAAUUCCACUUUCAAAGCUUCAAUAAUUAGUUUCCUCAGUUUCCAAACGUUUAUUGAGUGUUGUUAAAGGAAAAAGUGAUGUAACACAUUGGUGAACAUGCCCUUUCCCAACUACUUAGGCACGUUAAUUAUUAUUUGCAAAAAAAAUCUAUUUUAUGAGUUUGAACAUCAAAUAUUUUGUCUUUGUAGUGCAUUCAAUUGAAUAUGGGUUGAAAAUGAUUUGAAAAUCAUUGUAUUCAGUUUAUAUUUACAUCUAACACAAUUUCCCCACUCAUAUGGAAGCGGGGUUUGUAUAAAAAGAAACGUGUGCUAUUAAUUAGUGUGUCGCGUGUGGUCGACUAACACUGUGUGCAAUUUAAAAGUGGUGCUGUAUUUAAAUGAGGAUGUUUGCGUGUACUACGGGGCUUUCCCCACGGAGACUCUCUCAUUUACUGCACACUCAUGUUAUCGUGCUCCUCCAUACCUGCGGCAUUUUGCUAUGUUUUCAAACAUGCAGGAAACAUCUACCACUUUUUAUGGGCAUUUCAGAAACCAGCAGUCCUGACUCCAGCUGUGGCUCUACGAUGAAAACACUUUUUUUGUAUUACCGCCAAAAGUGCGUUCAUUGGAGCAAGGCUUGACGCAAAAACACGUUUUUAUAUGGAAAAAAAGACGUUUUUUUCAUAUAAAUAAUAUUUUGAUAAUUAUAUUUGCAUUUCCCCUCCCACUGCUAAUCAGCAUAUAUUUUGCAUAUUAAUGAAAACAGAGACGCCAAAUGGAUAUUCUGCUUAAUUAACAGACACAGUCCACUUUGCACACGUUUAGUAGAUCAGCUUUGCGUGUGCUAUCAGGUUUGCACAUGUUUUAGUACACACAAACCUUAAGUAAAUCAGGCCCAUGGUGUCACUAGCAGAUUUAAAAUGAAAAGGGAAUUUUUGCCCACUUUUGCAGAAGGAUCAGGGUACAAUUACUGCUUUUCACAUUACACCUUGCACUAAUGAUCAAUUCACUUGAUAGUUCCGAAGAAUACAAUCUGUGUUUACUGUAUUAAGCCACAUGUCCAGGGGAAGAAGACGGACACAUAGUAAAGAUGUUCUCGCUGUACAUGGCAUGCACAUCGAUCAUUAUUGGUGCUGCCAGGAUAAGGUUGCGACAAGGAAGGAGAAUGACUUUAAUCACAAAAUGGACCUUUGCAAUAAAGAUACUGUCAGGUCGGUAUCCCCCUCUGUACACGAGAUUUAAGAAAUACUUACGGUGAACAUCACAAACAUGAUGAUACACCGGUUAAUGUAGGGGUGUCUAAAGUGUCGGGGGUUUCCGAUCUAAAAUUGAUAUUGGUGCGAUAUCAGCCAGAAAAACAAAAAACAUUCCAGAUAUGCUUUAUUUACAGGUGGGAAUCCUUUGGAACCUCAUGAUUCGAUUACAAUUAAGAUUCAGGGGCUACGAUUACAUUAUAAAUCGAUUACUUAUGGUCCUUCGUUAUUAUGUUCCAUCCAUCCAUCCAUUUUCUACCGCUUGUCCCUUUUGGGGUCGCGGGGGGUGCUGUAGCCUAUCUCAGCUACAAUCGGGCGGAAGGCGGCGUACACCCUGGACAAGUCGCCCCCUUAUCGCAGGGCCAACACAGAUAGACAGACAACAUUCACACACUAGGGACCAUUUAGUGUUGCCAAUCAACCUAUCCCCAGGUGCAUGUUUUUGGAAGUGGGAGGAAGCCGGAGUACCCGGAGGGAACCCACGCAGUCACGGGGAGAACAUGCAAACUCCACACAGAAAGAUCCCGAGCGCAGGAUCAAACCCAGAACUACUCAGGACCUUCAUAUUUUUUAGGCACACGCACUAACCCCUGUGCCACCAUGCUGCCCCAUUAUUAUGUUAUUUUACUAUAUAUUUUCAUUUAUUAUUCGCGACCCUGAACGGAACAAGCGGUAGAAAAUGGAAAGAUGGAUAUUUAAUUUUAUAAUAAUAGCUCUUGAAGGCUCCUUCUUUGGCUACUACGACAUUCCUGGUUUUUGGAUGUGUGUGCUUAUCGCUGUUUUAAUGUUCUUACCUUCCAAGACCACAGAAUGUUCAGACACUUUGCCUUCAAUCGUCAUACAGUAAAUUUGCGACUUAAAGACAUUUGUUGUCCAUAUUCUCAUUUUUAUCUAUGGCUGUAAGUGUUGCCGUAUGGUUAUUAUUGUCACUCCUGACUUAAUAAUCGACUCGCAAAUAUCCUCCUAUUUGGUUACUUUCGGUUAUGAUGCAGUUCCAGUUAGGCUUCUGUCGAAGUGUACACAGCGUUUGUUCUUUUCUGGUUUCACUACUUCACAUUCAAGCUAAAUCUGUAUUUUAGAACCAUCUGUAUUACUUUAUUGAACAUACGCAAAUAAUUGAUAUUUGGACAUUUGUCCAUAGAGUCAGAAUGGUCCAGUUACUAAUGGUGAUGCAUCGAGGAAUCGAUAUUUUUUCCAACCUCAAGCAGUCCUGCAGCGUGUUUACUUCUGCAAAUCAGUUUAAUCGAUUUUACAUAUUUUCUUUCCAACAUAUCCAAAAAGGAGUAGAAGCAAGCAAGUAUUAUUUAAUCUUCAUGCAUAGCAAUUACAAACACAUACAUUCUGUUCUCAAUUUGUACACAAUUACAUCAACGUGUUCUAAAUACAAACCUCGUUUCCAUAUGAGUUGGGAAAUUGUGUUAGGUGUAAAUAUAAACGGAAUACAAUGAUUUGCAAAUCCUUUUCAACCCAUAUUCAGUUGAAUAUGCUACAAAGACAACAUUUUCGAUGUUCAAACUGAUUAACAUUUUUUUUGUGUGCACAUAAUCAUUACCUUUAGAAUUUGAUGCCAGCAACAUGUGACAAAGAAGUUGGGAAAGGUGGCAAUAAAUACUGAUAAAGUUGAGGAAUGCUCAUCAAACACUUAUUUGGAACAUCCCACAGGUGUGCAGGGUAAUUGGGAACAGGUGUGUGCCAUGAUUGGGUACAAAAACAGCUUCCUAAAAAAUGUUCAGUCUUUCACAAGAAAGGAUGGGGCGAGGUACACCCCUUUGUCCACAACUGUGUGAGCAAAUAGUCAAACAGUUUAAGAACAACGUUUCUCAAAGUGCAAUUGCAAUAAAUUUAGGGAUUUCAACAUAUACGGUCCAUAAUAUCAUCAAAAGGUUCAGAUAAUCUGGAGAAAUCACUCCACGUAAGCGGCAUGGCCGGAAACCAACAUUGAAUGACCGUGACCUUCGAUCCCUCAGACCCGCACUGUAUCAAAAACCGAUAUCAAUCUCUGAAGGAUAUCACCACAUGGGCUCAGGAACACUUCAGAAAACCACUGUCACUAAAUGCAGUUUGUCGCUACAUUUGUAAGUGCAAGUUAAAGCUCUACUAUGCAAAGCGAAAGCCAUCUUUCAACAACAUCCAGAAACGCCGCCGAGAUCAUCAAAGAUGGACUGAUGCAAAGUGGAAAAGUGUUCUGUGGUCUGACGAGUCCACAUUUCAAAUUGUUUUUGGAAAUAUUCGACAUUGUGUCAUCCGGACCAAAGGGGAAGCGAACCAUCCGGACUGUUAUUGACGCAAAGUUCAAAAGCCAGCAUCUGUAAUGGUAUGGGAGUGCAUUAGUGCCCAAGGCAUGGGUAACUUACACAUCUGUGAAGGCACCAUUAAUGCUGAACGGUACAGACAGGUUUUGGAACAAAAUAUGCUGCCAUCUAAGCGCCGUCCCUUUCAUGGAUGCCCCUGCUUAUUUCAGCAAUACAAUGCCAAGCCACAUUUAGCAUGUGUGACAACAGUGUGGCUUCGUAAAAAAAGAGUGCGGGUACUUUCCUGGGCCAUCUGCAGUCCAGACCUGUCUCCCAUCGAAAAUGUGUGGCGCAUAAUGAAGCGUAAAAUACGACAGCGGAGACCCCGGACUGUUGAAUGACUAAAGCUCUACAUAGAACAAGAAUGGGAAAGAAUUCCACUUUCAAAGCUUCAACAAUUAGUUUCUUCAGUUCCCAAACGUUUAUUGAGUGUUGGUAAAAGAAAAGGUGAUGUAACACAGUGGUGAACAUGCCCUUUCCCAACUACUUUGGCACAUGUUGCAGCCAUGAAAUUCUAAGUUAAUAUUAUUUGCAAAAAAAAUAAAGUUUAUGAGUUUGAACAUGAAAUAUCUUGUCUUUGUAGUGCAUUAAACUGAAUAUGGGUUGAAAAGGAUUUGCUAAUCAUUGUAUUCCGUUUAUAUUUACAUCUAACACAAUUUCUAGACUCAUGUGGAAACAGGGUUUGUACAUCAGUUCUUCUCAUAAGUUGUUAAAUCAGUUAUGAUUUGCUUAUUGAGAUUAAUAAUAUUUCAUUUUCAAUAAAUUAAUGACGUUUAUCAUAAUUCUUCUCCUUUGUAUUAUCAGCUUCUUUAAUUGGAUUGUAUUAUUACACUGUCUGAUGCUAAAGGUUUUAACUGUUGUACGUGCAAACAAAUGUUUUAAAUUAUAUUUCUGCCUAAAGUGAUAUUUCUCCUCUUUUGUUGCAAAGAAUUGUUGAACAUUCUCGGGUAGCAGGUUAUAGUUUGCUUCGUAGAUAAUGUUGGCUGUAGGCAAAUGUUGUCUUUGACUAGCUUUUUUGCAGAAAGUCCUUAAAAACAGCAGAGCGCUCCUGUAACUGACAAAAAAAAUUGACCAAAUCUAGACUAGAAUUUGACCAAUCUAAGACUAGAUCCGACCAAUCCAAGUCUAUGAGCAUGAACUGAUGAAGCUUACUCGGACGAGAGGUGAAACGUCUUCUUAGACAAACCAAACAGUCCAGUUGUGAUUGAUUGAAUGCCCUGAGAACAGAAUGACCUGAAUGAAUAGAAACAUCCAUCCACAAAAUCAAUAGUCUACUGGAGAGGAUUGGAAUAUACAAAAAACUAAUAGUGAAGGAAGAAGUCUGGGCCCCCGGCCCUUAGCGCUCCGGAAUGUGGCCCCCAAAACAACUGAGUUGAAUAUCCCUGCUCGGAGCUAGCACACAAGCUAAACACAACGUAUUAAGUGACCUUAAUUGAAAAAUGUUGCAGUCUUAAACACAUUUGUCCAUUCAAACACAUUUAAAAUAAUUAUAGUUGCAUAUUACUUACAGAUACGUCUCUAAGGCAGAAGUGUAUUAGAAAGUCUCCAAUAACAAAUGUGUUUGCAUCAUUUAAUUUGAGUUUAAUUUAACAAAUGUAUGUGGCCACCAGGUGUUGCCAAAAAACAAAUGACCACUCUAUUUAAACCUAAAGACAGUAUGAAUCCAUUCCAGAAGGAUUAUAUUAAAUAGAUUAGUGUUUUUAUACCUACCAUUGUUCUCUGUUUGACUAGUUUUACUUGAUCAAGCUUUUUACAACAUUAAACGCUGCAAAAUAAUAAUAAUAAUAAUAAUAAGUGUAAUAUUUGUGCUGAUAUCGUAUCGGAUCAAUAUCGGUAUCAGCCAGUACUCAAGGGUCCAAUGUCGGUAAAAUAUGUGUCGGGACACCUUCGCUAAAGUGCAGCCAUGGCACAUUGUACAAAUACAAUUAAACGCAACAGAAAAAAUAUAGAGCAAAUAAGGGCAAUGUACAGAAAAAAGCUGAAAUGUUGAUACCAAUAAUUAAUAAUGACAUAAAAUGUUUCUUCAAGAACCCUUAGAGUAUAUUGGGGACUUUGAUGUUCUUUCAAUGAAUUUUUUUACUUAAUUUUUUAACAUAAUUUAAGUUGUGUUGCUCCGAGUGGAAUAAUUUUUUUCCUAAGGAGGGUUUUUUUUAUGUCCAAUUAAAUGAAAAGUGCAUUAUGGAAAUACAAGUUAUUAUCAAUAAAUUUGAUAUUUUUAUUUCAAAUUCUUCCAGAUGUCAACCCUACACUGUAAAAUAAAUUUAGCCCAACUGAGUAGUACUUUUUUUUCUCAAAUAUUUUAAUCAACUUCAGUCAUAGAUGAAAAUAGAAAAACGUGUUAUGUUUUUUAAAAUCAUUGAAAUGCCCAUUUGAACUAUUUUUUUUUUUCUUUUUUAAAAAUUGCAUACAGUUAGUUAUCUUCCAUACAGUAAAUGUUAAAGGAAUGGGGUAUGAUACAUAAUAUUAGUAAUAAAACACAUUUUGAUGUAUUGUUUAAUUUUUUGGUUUAGGGUUACGUUAAGUUUUUGUAUGCCAUUUUCAAAAUAAAAAAAAUCUAUAUAAAAUCAAAUGGGGAUUUCAAAGGUUAGAAUAUAAUAAUAAUAAUAAUAAUAAUAAUAAUAAUAAUAAAACAUUAGCUGUUUUUAUUUAGAUGUAAAGUCGAUUGAGAGAUUUGUGCAAAAAAGUAGAAAACAAUAUGAAUCCAGUAUUUUUUUAAAUAUAAUCUGCUUAAAUCCUGAAUACUUUUUCGUCCUGACGCUUAUUAACUGCUAUUCAAUUAUAUAUGACCCAGAGGAAAGUUAGGACUCUCCAGCAUUAAGCCAAUAAUUACUCGCUAAGAAUGUAUCAAUUGUGUUCGAUGGAUUGUCUGUCUAUCUGUGUUGGCCCUGCGAUGAGGUGGCAACUUGUCCAGGGUGUACACCGCCUUCUGCCCGAUUGUAGCUGAGAUAGGCGCCAGUGCCCCCCGCAACCCCAAAAGGGAAUAAGCGGUAGAAAAUUGAUGGAUGGAUGAAUUGAGUCUUGCUGCAAAUUAGACAGAGUAGAUGCACUGCUUGGCUGCAACCAGCAGAGGCACUAGAGGGCCAGUCUCAUCUUGUUUAUAAUAUAAAGAAGAACUACAUGCCAUCAGCUUUGGGGAAUUAAAUUAAAAUGCGUUCAAUUCCCCUUUUUUUUUUCGCAAAAUUAAUCUGAUAAAUAUAUACUGUAAUCAAUAUAGUAUAUGUGAUCACAGAAAUGUAGUCGGAUGCCCAAUUCUAUAAUGUACAAAAUACAAAACCAGUGAAAUUGGCACGUUGUGUAAAUCGUAAAUAAAAACAGAAUACAAUGAUUUGCAAAUCCUUUUCAACCUAUAUUAAAUUGAAUAGACUGCAAAGACAAGAUACUUAACGUUCGAACUGGAAAACGUUGUUAUUUUUAAGGUCAUUCGGAAUUUGAUGCCUGCAACAUGUUUCAAAAAAGCUGGCACACCCAGCAAAAAAGACUGAGAAAGUUAAGCAAUGCUCAUCAAACACUUAUUUGGAACAUCCCACAGGUAAACAGGCUAAUUAGGAACAGGUGGGUGCCAGGAUUAGGUAUAAAAACAGCUUCCAUGAAAUGCUCAGUCAUUCACAAACAAGGAUGGGGCGAGGGUCACCACUUUGUCAACAAAUGCGUGAGAAAAUUGUCCAACAGUUUAAGAACAACAUUUCUCAAAGUGCAAUUGCAAGAAAUUUAGGGAUUUCACCAUCUACGGUCCGUAAUAUCAUCAAAAGUUUCAGAGAAUCUGGAGAAAUCACUGCAUGUAAGCAGCAAGGCUGAAAACCAACAUUGAAUGCCUGUGACCUUCGAUCCCUCAAAAACUGACAUCAGUGUAUAAAGUAUAUCACCACAUGGGCUCAGGAAUACUUCAGAAAACCCCUCCUAGUAACUAAAGUUUGUCGCUACAUAAACUCUACUAUUAAAAGUGAAAGCCAUUUAUCAACAACACCCAGAAACUCCACCGGCUUCGCUUGGCCCAAGCUCAUCUAAAAUGGACUGAUGCAAAGUGGAAAAGUAUCUGUGGUCUGACGAGUCCACAUUUUAAAAAAAAUUUGGAAACUGUGGACAAGGUGUCCUUCGGACCAAAGAGGAAAACAACCAUCCGAAUUUUUAUAGGCGCAAAGUUCAAAAGCAAGUCUCGUGAUGGUAUUAGUGCCCAAGGCAUGGGUAACUUACACAUCUGUGAAGGCACCAUUAAUGUUGCCAUCCAAGCAUCGUUAUCAUGGACACCCCUGCUUAUUUUAGCAAGAUAAUGCCAAGUCACGUCUUACAUCAACGUGGCUUCAUGGUAAAAGAGUGUGGGUACUAGACUGGCCUGCCUGUAGUCCAAACCUGUCUCCCAUUAAAAAUGUGUGUUGCAAUGUGAAGCGUAAAAUACGACAACAGAGACCCAGGUCUGUUGAACAACUUAAGAUGUACAUCAAGCAAGAACAGAAAAUAAUUCCACCUGAAUAGCUUCAAAAAUCGGUCUCCUAAAUUCCCAAACGUUUACUAAGUGUUGUUCAAAGGAAAGGCCAUGUAACACAGUGGUAAAAAUGCACCUGUGCCAACUUUUUGGCAAUGUGAUGAUGCCAUGUCAAUGAUUAUUUACAAAAAAAAAAAAGUUUCUCAGUAUGAAUUUUAAAUAUCUUGUCUUUGCAGUCUAUUCAAUUGAAUAUAAGUUGAAAAGAAUUUGCAAAUCAUUGUAUUCUGUUUUUAUUUAUGAUUUACACAACGUGCCAACUUAACUGGUUUUGGGUUUUGUAAUAAUAUACAGUGCAUCUGGAAAGUAUUCGCAGUGCUUCACUUUUUCCACAUUUUGUACGUUACAUAUUUUUUCCCAAAUGGAAUAAAUGACAUAAUGGCAAUGUGAUUUUUUUAUUUUGAGGAUUAUUAUCAAUUUAUUCCAUUUUGGAAUAAGGCUGUAACAUUACAAAAAUGUGGAAAAAAAUAGGCAUCCCGAAUACUUCCCGCAUGCAGUGUGUAUAGUUCAGGGGUCACCAACCUUUUUGAAAGCAAGAGCUACUUCUUGGGUACUGAUUAAUGUGAAGGGCUACCAGAUUGAUACACACUUAAAUAAAUUGCCAGAAAUAGCCAAUUUGCUCAAUUUACCUUUGAUAAAUAACUAUAUAUAUAUAUAUAAAAAAAAAAAAAUGGGUAUUUCUAUCUGUCAUUCCGUCGUACAUUUUUUUUCCUUUUACGGAAGGUUUUUUUGUAGAGAAUUAAUGAUGAAAAAAACACUUAAUUGAACGGUUUAAAAGAGGGAAAUACAAAAAUAAUGUAAAUAAAAUUUUGAAACAUAGUUUAUCUUUAAUUUCGACUCUUUAAAAUUCAAACGAAAAAAUUUAAGAGAAAAACUAGCUAAUUCGAAUCUUUUUGAAAAAAUAAAAAAAAUAAUUUAUGGAACAUCAUUAGUAAUUUUUCCUGAUUAAAAUUAAUUUAAAAAUUUUGAUGACAUGUUUAAAAUAGGUUAAAAUCCAAUCUUCACUUUGUUAGAAUAUGUAACGAAUUAGACCAAGCUAUAUUUCUAACAAAGACAAAUCAUUAUUAGACUAUGAAAUAAGAUUUCAAUUUGAUUCUACAGAUGUUCUAGAUUUGCCAGAAUAAUUUUUUAGAAUUUUAAUCAUAACAAGUUUGAAGAAAUAUUUCACAAAUAUUCUUCAUCAAAAAAACAGAAGCUAAAAUUAAGAAUUAAAUUAAAAUGUAUUUAUUAUUCCUUACAAUAAAAAAAAAUGUUGACUUGAACAUUGAUUUAAAUUGUCAGGAAAGAAGAGGAAGGAAUUUAAAAGGUAAAAUGGUAUAUAUGUUUAAAAAUCCUAAAAUCAUUUUUAAGGUUGUAUUUCUUCUCUAAAAUGUUCUUUCUGAAAGUUAUAAGAAAAAGUAAAAAAAAAUACAUUAAUUUAUUUUUACAAGUAAAGACCAAGUCUUUAAAAUAUUUUCUUGGAUUUUCAAAUUCUAUUUGAGUUUUGUCUCUCUUAGAAUUAAAAAUGUCAAACAAAGCAAAACCAGCUUGCUAGUAGAUAAAUAAAAAUUUAAAAAUAGAGGUAGCUCACUGGUAAGUGCUGCUAUUUGAGCUAUUUUUAGAACAGGCCAGCGGGCGACUCAUCUGGUCCCGCGGGCACCGCGUUGGUGACCCCUGACAUUGUCAAACCUCUAAGGCCUUGGGGUGUAACACACAGUACACAUGGGGAAACACCCUCAGCAAAAGGACACGCUAAGGUCCAACAUCCUGUGUUUUCAAGUAAAUAACAAAUGGAAUUAGUCUGUUCCAGUGUCAAACUCUCAUUAUAGCCCUUUGAUGGAGAGUUAGACAAAUAUAGAUAGGAGGAGACAGAGAGAUAGUGCCGGGAGGAAAGUUGCCAUACAUUUCACAUCACAAUUAGGCGAAUGAGAUGUAGGAGGUUCUGCAGUAGCAUAGCAAAUCUUAAAAAAAUAAAAUAAAAAAAAGAGAGAACAUAUGGCUGUGCCUAAAUGUAGAUAAAUUGCACCCUGGUCUGCAAUAUUUAUGCUGAGCUCAGCAGAGGCAGCUCAAUAUCCAUCUAAACAGGAAAGCAAAUGAGUUAUGCACAUUAUUAGUGAUGAAAUGUGUCAUUGUACUUUUGUUUGUCACCUUUCAUUUGUAUAGUUAGCCCUGCAGGUGCGAAUCUAGGCAGUACUGUCCACCAUUGUGACGCUGAAGGCAUACAAGUGUCAUCUUUAUGACAAAUCUUUAGUAUUUGACCAUCACCUGUAUUGCAAUGACAACCAACCCCUCCAAGGUAGUCGAAAUCAUGAAAUGUUUCGUCAUAAACAACAGAGAAAUUGCCUUAAUUCUUGCUUGUAUAAUCUGUACAGUUACGACCGUGACGCUCCCUUAUUUGUACAAAAGGAAAUAUACUUUGUUCUUUUGCUUGUGUCAAUGUAUAGAUGAUCAGCUUUUUUUCUACUUCCUACGAUUCGUCCUUGUUCCCCACCAUCACAUCUGUUCAACGUUUGACCUUGUGGUGGACUGUCGACCUUUUUGUACAAUAUUAUUUAUUGUUGACAUGUUUUGCAUCACACACACGCACACACGCACGCACGCACGUACACACACACACACACACACACAGAGCGACCCAAGUAUUUUAUUUCAAGCGAAAUGCCUGCAAAAGAGGGAAAUGCUUUUGUAAUUACUCAAAUGAAACGACAAUGUGAUCCUUUUUUAUCAUGCGGUCGUAAGAUGUUCAUAGCGUGGCCAAAGUUUGGAAAAUAAAAUUUUUGUGUUGUAUCAA